AUGGGAAUCCCAAUUAACAAAUUAGCAACUGAAGUAAUGAAUGCAAGUUUAGUUUUUACUUAUGAACAACUAUGGGGCUACCGUAUACCGAAUUCAACAAAUUGGAGUGGAAUCAUUGGGCAAUUACAUCGUAAAGAGGCACAAAUUGGUGGAACUUUUACAUUUUUUGCAAAUAAUCGACUUCCAAUAAUACAAUACAUUCCAUUCGUUGCUAAAGGAAUGCCAUUAUUUAUAUUUCAUCAACCAAAAUUAAGUGUUAUUGCCAAUAUUUAUGAAUUGCCAUUCAAUAUAGAUGUUUGGAUCGCCAGUCUGUUGUUCAUUAUUGUGACAAGUGUAACAUUAUACUUUGCUGAAAAAUGGGAGAUAUAUUUAUAUAAUUUCGAAACAGAACGUGAAAAAUCAUUAUCAAAUAAUAUUGGAUGGACAGAAAUCAUAUUCAUGUCCAUUGGUGCAGUUUGUCAACAAGGAUCUGAGUUUAUUCCGAAUCGUUUACCAGGAAGAUUUAUAAUUAUUAUCCUAUAUUUGGGAAUCAUGUUUUUAUUUACAUCAUACACAGCUAACAUUGUUUCUUUACUACAAGCACCAUCCUCAUCAAUUAAAACUUUGGAAGAUUUGGUAAAUUCUCGUUUGGAUGUUGGAGUCAUGGAUUUGAGCUACAAUCACAUUUACUUUCCGCAAGCUACAGAUCGCGUGCGAAAAAAAUUGUAUGAGAAAAAAAUAGCACCGCCUGGUCAAAAGCCCAAGUUUUUGGGUUUUAAAGAAGGUAUAACACGUAUGCGAAGUGGUCUGUUUGCAUUCUAUAUGGAACCGAGUGCGGCUUUUAGAUGGAUUAACAAGAACUAUUAUGAACAUGAAAAAUGUUCACUUGACAGCAUAAUUUAUUUGAACAUUCCACCAGCUCAUCUUAUAAUUCAAAAACAUUUACCAUUUUUAGAACAUUUCAGAAUUGCAUACAAUCGUAUACUCGAAACAAGUGUUUAUGUUCAUCAUUUCAGACUCUUACAAGAACCUAGACCUCGUUGUGAGAACGCAGGUGGAGGUUUUGUAAAUGUCAGUUUGAUGGAUUCAUAUCCUGUUAUGUUAAUAUUUAUGAUGGGUAUAGGAAUUUCAAUGUGCAUAUUUUUGCUUGAAUUUUAUUCUAGUUUAAGGAUGAAGAGUUUUAAAAAAUACGUUAUUAAGAAUCUCAAAAAAAGCAAGAAAAGAAUAAAUUGAUUUACUUUCAAACAUGAGAAAAUAUUCCAAGUUGCAUAC